AUGUCAGUGAUCCUUCGCGACAGGUUCAAGGCCGAUCCGGAGGCUUUCUGGAUGACCGUCUCUAGCCUCCACGCUAUGGCAAAAGACCCAGAGUGUAACCAUCGUUUAUCUGAGUAUGCCUGGUACUCUAUUUGGACGGCUAUUCUGGUAGAUCUAGCAGCGGAUGAAACGGCUUUGGAAUCGAUCUCUGCCAAUGGGGACGAACACCAUGACAACCCAUCUUCGACGAGCACUCGCUCCACCGAUGAGGCAGAGCCUCGGGAAUUCCGUUUACCGGAUAUAUCUUUGCUCGGAAUGAUUUCCACCUUCCGUCGGGGAAGAGCACGCAUUGCUUUGCACGAACGUAACAUCACGAAGUUCAGGAUACCCAUUAUCCUGGAGAUCAAGCCUGAGGUGGGGCCUGAGGUGGGGUUAGAGUUUGGGCUAGACCUCCGUAGGGCCCAGUCUGAAGUGGCUGACCAAGCCAAAUACCUGUUUGCGGCAUAUGAGCAGAAUGUGGUCAUUGGUAUAGCUGCUGUAGGUCUGGCCUUUCGCUAUGCAAUCUUCCGUUGCAAACGUGGCUCUCCAUCUACCGCCUCCGAGCUACGAGAUCCAGACUAUAUCGAUAAUCUGGACAAUUCAGAAGAAUGGUCCCCAAGGGAGACUUUUGGGAAGCGACAUUUCUCUAGUAUCUUUAAGGCGAUCGUUCAGAUUGCCUUCGAGGAGGUGCUGGAUCUACCUUUUGUUGAAAAUCUCCCUGAACCCCGCGCGGGAGACUCAGACUCGGAAGAUGCUCCUCUUAAGGCUCAGCAUAAGGGUAGAAAGGGGAAAACCAGCAUCAUGAAUGAUAAAGUGCACGAGGCGGGGCCUUCUAAGACUCGAAAGUAA